GCUGCCUUUUCACCUGGUUUCUUGCCCGUGAACUUUGCUUUUGGGCUGCAGACGGUGAACAUGGCGGCAGCGCGGCGUCUGUCCCACACGGUGGCCGUGAUUACCAUCAACAACCCGCCUGUCAAUUCAUUGAGCUCCUCUGUUCGUCAUGCACUAGUGAAGGAAUUCGGAGAAGCCAGUAAAGACCCGUCCGUUAAGGCCAUUGUGCUGUCUGGGGCCAAUGGAAAGUUCAGUGCCGGUGCAGACAUCCGUGAAUUUGCCACCUCUGCCUUGAAAACCGCCUCCUUAGAAGACAUAAAUGCAACAAUUGAAGCUAGCAAGAAGCCUGUAGUGGCCGCUAUUGAAGGCGUUGCCCUUGGUGGAGGGCUUGAGCUAGCCUUGGCAUGUCACUACAGAGUGGCGCAUAUACAGUCCCGGGUGGGUCUUCCUGAAGUACUAAUUGGCAUUCUGCCAGCAGCCGGAGGAACACAACGCCUACCCCGAUUAAUUGGUGUUCCUGCAGCUCUAGAUGUGAUUGUACGAGGGAGACACGUUCCUGCUACUGAAGCAUUACAGCUGGGCAUUGUGGAUGAGGUUGUAAAGGGUGAUGCUGUUAAUGCAGCCAUACAUCUGGCCCGGAAGGUUAUAGGUAAGUGUGUAGACCACUGCAGUUCUGUCAACUGUAAUAAAAAAAGUAAUUCUAGAAAUGAGCUAAUUUACAAGAUUUUGUUGGGUCUUAUUUUACUUGACUAUGUACACAGGUUAAUGAUGAUGUAUGUUAUUGUGUUUAUGACAAUUAUUCAUACUUCUUUCUUCCUUACAGGACUGGGAACAAUGGGAAGAGGGAUCGCCAUCUCAUUAGCUAAGGCAAAUAUUCCUGUUGUUGCAUUAGAACAGGAUGCACAACAAUUGGAAAUUGGUAAGAAGGCAGUGAAUGGUCUAUUGGAACGUGAAGCUGAGAAGUUAAUAAAGCAGGGGUUAGCUCCAGGUAGCACUUUGGCCUCUGUGCGUUUCACACUCGACUUUGCAGAUCUCCGUGACACAGAUUUAGUUAUUGAGGCAGUUUAUGAAAACAUGGAGCUAAAAAAAGAAAUCUUUCGCAAGCUUGCAUCUGUUUGUAAGCCAGAUGCCUUCCUGUGCACCAACACGUCAGGUCUUAAUAUUGAUGAAAUUGCAUCUGUCGCAAAAAACCCUCACCUAGUUAUUGGCACUCAUUUCUUUUCCCCUGCCAACAUCAUGAAACUCCUUGAAGUGGUGAGAGGUCAUCACACAUCACUGACAACCAUUGCCACAGCUAUGAACCUAGGCAAAACCUUGGGAAAGGUGGCAGUACUUGUGGGAAACUGUCCAUCAUUUGUUGGGAAUCGACUCUUAGGCCCAUAUCUUGAUCAGGCAAAUUACCUCCUAGAGGAAGGAUGCAAUCCUGAAGAUGUAGACAAAGCUCUUGAAGAUUUUGGUUUUGCAAUGGGCCCUUUUCGUAUGAUGGACCUGGCUGGUUUGGAUAUUGGCUGGAGGUCUAGAAUGGAAAGCGGUUUAGCCGGUAAUAAAGUUCCCCUGGGAACUCCUGCAAGACAAAGAGAAGGUAGAAGGUACUGUCCACUUGCUGACCUGCUAUGUGAAAAUGGAAGACUUGGACAAAAAACUGGUAAAGGCUGGUACCAAUAUGAGAAACUCGGUGGCAGAAUUGCCCAACCUGAUCCAUGGGUGAAAGAUUUUCUCCAAAAAUAUAGGAACACCCACCAAAUAAAACGGCGACCUGCAACCCCAGAAAUGAUUCUUGAAUGUUGCCUGUAUGCUCUUGUCAAUGAAGGAUUCCGUGUCCUAGAAGAUGGUAUAGCCUCUGGUCCAGAGGAUAUUGAUGUUAUCUACAACAAUGGUUAUGGCUGGCCUAAGUAUAGAGGAGGUCCAAUGUAUUAUGCCUCCACCGUUGGCUUAACUAAAGUUUUGGACGUGCUGGAUAAAUAUUAUAAAGAAAAUCCUGAUGUCCCAAGUAUGAAGCCUGCCUUUUUAUUGAAGAAAUUGGCCAUGGUAGGGGAACCUCCAUUGAAAGAGUGGAGAACACAGGUUGGAAAUCUUGUUAACAAGCUUUGAAAUGUUCUCAUUAAACAGUGCUUUAUUGCAUUGUAAAAAACAAAGGCAUACACAAAUCACUGAGAAGAUAUGUACCACAUAGACUGGUAUCUAAUCUGAAAAUCCUCGUGUAAAAUGAAGGGUUUGGAGCAGAGCAUUCUUCUACAAGAUUUUAUGUAUGAUUCUCCAAAUCAUUAGCAUUCCAAAUGAUGUAUCGUACCAGAAUCAUGUUUAUGACUCUGGACUAGAUAAACUUUGAUUUUCUAAAAAUGUUUUUGAAUUGUUCAAAAAUACAAUUGUUUCAGUGCAAGAUAUACUAUAAAAUAAAUCCAAUGCA